AUGCCUCCAUACAACAUUAGUCACUGGAGUGAAACGUUGGAGUUUCUAGAUGUCAGUGGCAAUCUCAUGACGGGGACACUGAGUACGGAACUGGGUGUUCUGCACAAGAUGCGCAUGAUGAGCUUGGACGAAAACCAUUUCACGUCGACGAUUCCCACUGAACUGGGACGCAUGGGCGACAGCAUUCAAUUUUUACGAUUUUGGAGAAACGAUCUCAGUGGUACCGUCCCUUCGGAACUGGGACAACUCUCGGGUCUGUUGGACUUGGCCAUGCACGAGAACCCCUUGCUGUCCGGCAUAGUGCCGUCGGAAGUAUGUACGACUCCUCAACGGUUCUUGUGGUUCAACUGCACCUCCCGGCUUUGUGGCUGUGGAGCCGACUUUUGUCCUUGCUCUGCCUGA